AUGAAGCGGGUCAAGAUUGGACGGAGAAGAGGUAGACAGGAGCAGAUGAUGCCGACGUUGAUUUCCACAGAACUCCACGUUGCAGCAGGUGGGUUAUCGUAUGUCGGGUCGACCGAGUUCGAAAUGGCCACAAAAACGGAGAUGAGCGUGGUCGCGGAACGUAGCACACCGGUGCACGCCACACGAGAACAACGUUUCAUGUUCAUGUACACUUGGUAUUGCAACCAAGAGCAGACUCCCGGUGCUACACGCUGA